AACACGACAGUACUGGAAUAUCCCCGUGUGAGGCAAUGCGUUUUGUCAAGGUGGCACUGCUGAUGGCGCUGCUGGCUGUCGUGACGGACGCCUCUCUGCUACGGCGGCUCCCCGCCCGCCCGCCGUUUUUCGGGAUCCAGCGAGCCUGGCCGUUCCGAAGGCCUCAACAGCGUCGUCAGAGUCCAGCCAACAAAUGGCGUCAUCAGCGUACGCCACAGAGUACGACUGGUGAUAUUCCGCACGAUCGAAAGUUCUUCCGGUACCUGUGCAGGACAACAGACGUCUGUCCUUACUCCUGGCAGUGGGUCGAAGGCAACAUGCUCCGCGCCAUUGUGAGACUGUCCCUCCAAUAGUGAGAUGGAGGCAGAUGUCGACUAAAUUGAGAAAAAAUGCGCGAAAGAGAAAGAAUAAUAUCAUAAUGAAAGAUGUGUCAUUAACGUUGUAAUAUUUCAUAUUCAGGAAAAUGUUACGGAAUUGUGAUGCAUUAUGUAAAAAAAAAUACUAUCUCUGAUUACAUGUUAUUUACAGCAUAAAUAUUUGUUACUGUUACCAAAGAUAUUUGCUUGUUUGUUCUCAUGUCUCA